AAUACUGCAAAUAAUUUAUGCUCAACCAGCAUCAUACCUCUUAUUGCCACCGAUUUUGUGCUGUUACAACAGUUUCAUACCAUUUGCAAAUCAUCGUUGAUUACCUUAAGUGAUAAGAUAAGAGCGUACGUGUAAUUUCUUGAGGAUGACACUUUAAUUUUAAUUCAUACAUACAAACAUACAUUAACUUGCUAUCUGGAGAAUUAACCGUAUCAGCUAGUCUACCAUAUAUGGUUAUUCCUUUGUAUGUAUGCACCUAAAUACAUGAUUUAUGGUUUAUUAUACAAUAACUUUUUAGCAGAUUUAACAAAAUUCAAGCUGGUUAAAUAAUUUGUAUUUGUACUAAAAAAUACGAGCAUUUAAAAGCACUUGGCAAUAAUGGUCGUGUUUUGUUAAAACUGCGAUUAAGCACAUUGUGCGGUAUGUUUACAUUUACGUGGCUAACCGUCGCACAUGCUAAGUUUUCACUUAAGUGCUUGUCGACAAUUCCAGCCGAUAAGUUGACAAAAUUUUUUUACAAGUAUACAAUUAAAUUUCUGGCAGAUAAAAAUUGUAAAUAGUUGGAAAUCUUAAUUCCUAAAAAGCACAUUAAAAUGACAAAUAUCGGUAAUAUGCUACACUGUGUGUCCAAACAAAUUAAACGUUCGGAACGGGAUGCUGCUAUUAGUUCCUUUUUAGCGACCGCCACUGAAACUGAAAAUGUCAAACCAGAUCACUGUGCUAUUAAGCGUGUAGAGAAAUUGGAAAAGGACGUUUUUGCGUUGUUCGCGCAAGUUUUGCACCUGUAUCGCGCCGAAGAGUUGAUGGUAUCUUUCAAUGGUGGCAAGGACUGCACAGUUUUACUAGACUUAGUUCAUUCCUACUUUAAGCGCAACAAAUGUAUCAGUCAUAUACGACUGCCUGUAUUGUAUAUCGAGGCAGAGGAUGGAUUCGAAGAAGUUGAAGCGGUGGUGCUCGAUUGUGAACGACGGUAUAAUAUAAAUCUUAUAAGGCGUAAGGGUUGUAUAAAAGAGGCACUGACACAGAUACUACAGGAGAUGCCCGAAAUACGUGCCGUUUUAAUGGGCACCAGACGCACAGAUCCAUUUUGUGAAAAUCUCAAUACUAUGCAGGUGACCGACUUGGAUUGGCCCAGUUUGAUGCGCAUUAACCCGCUACUCGAUUGGAGUUACAGAGAUAUUUGGUAUUAUACUUUCGUGCGACAAGUACCGUACUGCCGAUUGUAUGAGAAUGGCUAUACGUCGCUGGGUCAUAAGUAUAAUACACAACCAAAUCCACAUUUACGCUUAUUCGAUCCUAUCACGAAGGCUGUUACCUAUAAGCAUGCGGCUGAAUUGGAAGAUUCGAAAUAUGAACGCGCUGGCCGAGUGCGAAAAGAUUAUGUAGUGGAUUGUGUAAAUGAAGAGGAGGAAGAGAGCAUUGAAGGGGAAACGGCGUAAGAGCAGGAAACGAACGAAAUAAAGAAUCGAAGAAAACUAAAAAAAAAUAUUGAUAAUAGCGAAAUUGAUGUAUUAAAAAGUCGUUGUACUUAUAGUGAUAAAGCAAAACAAAAAACAUACAUUUGUCAGAAUCUUCAGCACACCGAAGCAACAGGAAUUUUUGUACAAAAACUAAGGAAAUAGCAUAUAAUUUUCUAUAUACCAAAAGGAGAAUUGCUUUAAGCACUUUUGCGAUGUACUAUUGCAGCUGUAAAAAAAUUGUAAACUAUACAUGCAUAGAUAUGUAUAUAUGUACAAACAAUAGUGUUAAUUUCAUAAUUGUGUGCCUUUCACUUUGAGAGGCUCGCCGAAGCACGUAUGCAAAAGCAACUUAAAAAUGUCUAAAACUUUGCAGUAUACGUACUUAUAAUGUAAAUUAUUACUUAAAAUACUUAUCGAAUAAUUGCUUUGUAAAUAGAUAUUGAUUUAAUAACAUCAGGUGCUAAAAAUACAAAUAAAAUAAAAAUUAG